AUGAUGAGCUAUAAAACAUUCUUUGUUGUAUUGACUUUGUUGUAUGUUGGAUAUGCUGUGCCUAGCCCAGCUUACAACCCUUGCCGUGAAAAGUUGAGAUGUGGAAUGGGUAUCUGUGAGCCUUCUAAAGAUUUUAAGUAAGUUUCUUCGUAAGCUUUACUGUAGUAAUAUUGAUAGUAGAUAAGUUAGUGAAUUGUAGACUGUAAUAAUAUAGAUACUAUAUGAUUUAAAUAAGUUUAUAAUUUAAUUUAAUUAAAAAAAAAGUAAUGCCGUUUUGCAGUCUUAGAAAUAGUAUAAAUUAACGACAAGGCUUUUGAUAUUGAUACUAGUAUUUAAAAACCUAAGUAAACCUAUUUUUCUACAUUACUAUGGUAGUAGUCAUUAAUAAUUUUACAUAUUUCAAUUACUGCUGUAACUGUUAAAAAUUUUACUGUAAUCGCUAUGGUAAAUUUAAAAAAUAGUUUUGCUUUAAUACUGUAACUAUCAAGAAGUGUACUUACAUUCUUACUGUACUUUUAGAAACUUCACAUGCAUCUGCCAACAUGGCUUUACCGGUCGAUUCUGUGAACAAAAGAAAGCUCCAUCUUGCUCCCAACGUAAAGUGCCAUGUCAAAACAACGGUAAAUGUCACGAUACUCUAAAUGCUAUUGUAUGUGAAUGUCCAAAAGGAACGUACGGUAGACGCUGUGAGAUUCUUGAUGAGGAAGCGUUAUCAAACUGGGGAAUUCUGACGCUAGAAGACCCUAAUAAGCUUAUUUCUCACGUGGUGCCAGAAGAAUUUAAACUUCUUGGAACGGUAAAAAUGAACGAAGUUGGCACGUUGAAGGCAAUGAAGGAGCAUCUUCUGGAGUUGUUUGACGAGAUCCAGAAACAUACUGGGGCUCUAUUGAAAGUGGCAACAUUGUCUGAUGGAACCGAACUCCUUGUUGAUGUUACACAUGGCACAAAUGAAACAAAAGGUAAUUUGAAUAAUAUUUUAAUGUUUUAACUUUUGGCGUAUUAUCUUCUUUUAAAAACACCCUAUUCUAAACACAAUUUUCUACCCUACCCUACAAAUAAGGAACGUUAAGGGCGCAGACCGAGAGCUGAGUUUACACACUGCAGAAACUUUUUGUUAAUAUCUAAAUUUAAAAAAUUUUGAAUUAUUUUAAGCUUCUAAUUGCAGAUGACGUUUUCGCGGAGUGGCAAGUCAUGGUGGCAGUUACAGUACCUAAACGUGAUAAUACUUUGAGUUUGGACAAUGUGAUUGAAAUGUUGAACAAACCUGCUUUCCCAAAGCAUUCUGAGCCUCAGGCAUUCAAGUCGGCACAAAAAGAAGAUGGCGGACCUACAGUAGCUAAAGAUGACAAAAAUGCAGUAAGCCAGAAUGACAAAGCUACAGUAAUCGAUGAAGACAAAUCUGAAGCAAGCUACGAUACCAAGGCUAUACUCAGCCAUGGUCACGAUUCUACAGUAUAUGAAGACGAUUUCUCUCGAAAAUGGAAGGAAUACUUGACUUCACUGAACAAGGCUAAUAAUACUGUCACAGUACUAAAGGUCGUACUUUAUGUAUUUAUUGGUGUCGAUCUUCUGCUGGCAAUCCUACUGGUACUGAAGCUGACAUGGAAUUGGUCACAACAACAACUCCCACCUCCUGAAGUGACUUAUGGGCCAGCAGUACCAAAUAUGUUAACUGACUUCUACUACGACAAUUCGGAGUACUAUCGCCAACUAUGGAAAGGAUACAAGCCAUCAAAUGAAACUUUCCCAGGAGCAAAGCACGUUUAA